GGCCACCUGAGUGGCACUGGCUGCUCUGAGCUACUUUCUUCUGAAGUUGACAGGCUGUACUCAUCUAUCCUGUAUUGCACUUGGCUGUGAGCCACAGUGAGGUUUUGUGUGCACCUCCUGUGAAUGAAUGUUUCUGUUUCUUUUAAGUUUGGAGUAUUUGAAAUAGCCUACAUGGUUGAUGGUUUUAUUGCGUGAAAUCAAGGAUUGUCUGGUGAAUGGUAAGAGGAUAUGUUCUUUGAGAGUGAAGCCUGUUGCGAAGUGGGUAGGACAGAGGGAGUCUUACCCCACUGGUGUUUGGGAACAGCUUCUAGAAUGUUCUCAAAACUGCGCCCAGGGUUUGUCUUCAGAAAAGCUGUUUGGAGCAGUGCAGGUGGCCACUGGUCCUCCAUGUGUAGUAGCAGGUUAGGUGUACGCAGGAGGUGCAAAUGACGGGAAAAGAGCUGGCAUUCCAUUAUAGGCAUACCAACCUGGUAGGCUGCUCUGCCUUGUCAGAUUCUUGCAAAGCUGGUCCUGGAGCUUCACUUAAAGCAGGUUAUGGAGCCAUCGGGUCCUAGAGCUGCUGCUCCCUGCUCAGGGCAUGGAGCACAGCACCAACAAAUGUUUCUCAUGAUUUUAAGAGACCAUGUGGUAAAUGCGCAGCUAAGCAGAGGCUUGUGGGUUUUUUUUUUCUUCUUCCUCACAAAGCAUGUAUUGUUUAGAAAUUACAGUGAGCCUGUACAGCACAUAAAAUGCAUGUGGACACCUUGUUGUACCUGUGCAAUCAUUAAUGAUGUGUUUUACCAUUCAGUGAUUUUCCUUUGUCUCGCUUAACAGACUUGCAUGACACUUGUAUAGAAAAAUACACAUCUUUUCCUUAAGAAACAGGCAAGGAUAUCACUUAAUGUCUUUUACAUUUUGACUUUAAAUUGCAUUUACUGUCAGAUGAGUUCUUGUCUUAUAAACUUGUCAAACCUCUCCUUGAACGUCAUUUUGUAGUUAAUUUCUUUGUGAAAAUACAGAGAAAGCAUACUGGGCUUCUGAAACUGAUGGUAAUGUUUGCAGAUAUUACUCUAAAGGAUGAACUGUUUCCUCCAGCUUAAAAUAUUAAGCCAGCAUUGCUUCAGCUUGCUUUGCAAGGCUUAACUGUGUCUGCAGUUAUGUAAGUUUCAGUUAUGUGAUAUUUCAUGGGCAUCUAUUUAAACAUACAACUAUUAUUUUUAGUUGAAAUAUAGACUAUAUAAAGACUUAAAAGAUGUGGGAUCAAGGUGGACAACCUUGGCAGCAAUGGCCUUUGAACCAACAGCAGUGGAUGCAGUCAUUUCAGCACCAGCAAGAUCCAAGCCAGAUUGACUGGGCUGCAUUAGCUCAAGCAUGGAUUGCUCAGCGAGAAGCCUCAGGGCAACAGAGUGUAGUGGAACAACAAGGAAUGAUGCCGAACGGACAGGAUAUUUCAGGAAUAGAGUCUGGUCCAAACAACCAUAAUAAUUUUCAGGGGGAUCCCAACUUCAACAGAAUGUGGCAGCCAGAAUGGGGAAUGCCUCACCAGCCCCCUCACCCACCUCCAGAUCAGCAGUGGAUGACUCCAACCCCAGGUCAGAUGGAAAUUGUUCCUCCGUCCGAAGACAGCAACAGUCAGGACAGUGGGGAAUUUGCUUCCGACAACAGGCAUAUGUUUAACCAGAACAAUCACAACUUUGGGGGACCUCCCGAUAACUUUGCAAUGGGGCCAGUGAACCAGUUUGACUAUCAGCAUGGGGCUGCUUUUGGUCCACCUCAAGGUGGCUUUCACCCACCUUAUUGGCAGCCAGGACCGCCAGGACCACCAGGUCCACCAGCACCUUCUGCACCUCCUCAAAAUCGAAGGGAAAGACCCUCAUUCAGAGACCGACAGCGUUCACCUAUCACGAUGCCUGUGAAGCAGGAGCCUCCACAGAUUGAUGCUGUGAAGCGUAGAACUCUGCCUGCCUGGAUUCGUGAGGGCCUGGAAAAGAUGGAACGAGAAAAACAGAAAAAGUUGGAAAAAGAGAGGAUGGAGCAGCAACGUUCACAGUUGUCUAAAAAAGAAAAAAAGGAAAGUGAGGAGGCUGGAGAAGGGGAUGGCCCACGGUUACCUCAGAAAAGUAAAUUUGACAGUGAUGAGGAAGAUGAAGAUGCUGAAAACACAGAAGCUGUAAGCGUUGGGAAAACCAGCAGGAGUCCAUCCCCGGCUCCUCAAGAGGAGCAAAGCGAACCAGAAAUGACAGAGGAGGAAAAGGAGUAUCAAAUGAUGAUGCUGACAAAAAUGCUGCUGACAGAGAUUCUCCUAGAUGUCACAAAUGAAGAAAUUUAUUAUGUGGCCAAAGAUGUUCACCGUAAAGCAACUAAAGCUCCUGCAAAACAGCUGGCACAGUCCAGUGCACUGGCUUCCCUCACUGGACUCGGUGGACUGGGUGGUUAUGGAUCAGGAGACAGUGAAGAUGAGAGGAGUGACAGAGGCUCUGAAUCAUCUGAUACUGAUGAUGAGGAAUUACGACACAGAAUCAGGCAAAAACAGGAAGCAUUUUGGAGAAAAGAGAGAGAACAGCAACUACUACUAGAAAAACAGCUAGAAGAAGAAAAGCUACAAAGUGAAAAAGUUUCAAAAGAGAUGAAUGAAUUUAUCAACAAAGAACAAAAUAGUAACUCGGCAUCACAGGAGGCAAAAGAAAUUGAAGCAGAUAUGGUUCAUGAAAAGAAAAGAUCUCCAAAUGCAAUUGCUCCUGAUACAGAGCUUAAAAAAGAGGGUAAAGAGAGGACAGGAAGGAGUGGGUCAGGAAGCUCUAGCAGUGGUAGCAGUAGCAGCAAUAGCAGAAGCAGUAGCAGCAGCAGCACUGUAUCUAGUUCAUCCUAUAGCACUAGCUCAGGUAGUAGUCGCAGCUCUUCACGUUCUUCCUCUCCUAAAAGGAAGAAGAGGCACAGUCGCAGUAGGACACCUUCACAUAAAGUUAGGCGCAGCAGAAGCAGGAGUUACACCCACAGAAACAGGAGAGAGAGAAGUAGGAGCAGGGAGAAAAUAAGGGAAAGGAGAAGAUCUAGUAGAAAUCACAGUGCUGAAAGAGGAGAGAGGCGAAGAAAUCGGAGUCCUUCAAGAGAGAGAAGCUGGGAUAGACGUAGUAGCCGUUCCAGAGAUAGGCGAGCUAACCGUGCAAGCCGCAGCAGAAGCAGGGAUAGGCGUAAAGCUGAAGACCAGCGUAGAAGCCCUCCUGGAAAUAGGCACAAACAUAAAAGUGAGGGUAAAGACCAAGAAAGGAAGAAGGAGCAGGGUGGAGCUGUAGAUAAGGACAGAAAAAAGAACAGAGAAAGGGAGAAAGAUCAAGAAAAAAGGAAAGACAGGUCCAAAAAAGAGGAAAAAGAAAGUAAGGCUGGUAGUCAUGACGACAGUAGAUUAAAGAGAAAAAGGGACAGCGAAAGAACUUUCACUCGCGGUGAGUCCAUAUGUGUGAAAAUAAUAAGACAGGAUUCCAGGCAAGAAUGCAAAAGAAUUACUACCAAAGAUAGCAAAAAACGGUCAGGCUCCGAAUCUAGUGCGAGGAGUAGUUCUGAAUCGCCAGGAAGCAGCAAAGAAAAGAAAGCUAAGAAAUCGAAGCAUAUUCGGUCAUGCUCCAUGGAGAAAUCUCAAAGGUCUGGUAAGAAGGCAAGCCGCAAACACAAGUCUAAGUCACGAUCAAGAUCAAUGACUCCUCUUCGUCGUAAACGCUGAGGAAUUUAUGGCACCAGUGCUAUGAUGUUUAAAAAUUCCAUGAGUUAUAAAGGCUUGUCUCAUUAUAGAGGCACAUUGUGGCUAUGUAGGUGAAACCAGAAUCCUUUUUUUAUCUGUAAAUAAGUGUAUUUUUUUCCAAAUGCUGCUCAGAAUUAAAUACCUAAUAGGAUUUCUUUGCAUUACCUUUUUUUUUUUUUUUCUCCCCAAGAACGGUAGUGCUUAUUAAGAAUAUAAACCAGGCCAUUCUCUUUCAGCUGUAAUGUUCUUAAAAUUACUAUUGAAUGUACUGUGAUGUCAAUAAAGCUCUUUAGUUCAUUUUUUUUGUUUAAAAUUCUUGCACCUGAAUUUUGUGUUAAAUUGUAGAAGGUACUUUUUUUUUUUUAAGGAAAAAAAUAAGCGAAGAAAAAGGCAGCUUUUUUGGUAUAACAGUUUUUAAAGUACUUGAAAAAGAUUUUAACGUAAACCACUUGUCAGAAUAUGUAAUCCAUGGACAUGAUGAAAUUAAUCUAUUGGGGGGUGGAAGAACAAAGCAAAGACAUCUUAUUUUUUCUUCAGAUCUGUGUAAUAGAUUUUUAAUAACCUUUUUAUUUGAACUAGCAAGUAAUAUAUGCUGUGUGUGUAAAAUAUGGGUCACUGUAAUACAAGCUAUACUGAAAGAGACUGAACCCCACUAGGAAUAUGUGCAACUAACUGAUCUUGUGUGACAUUGUUAAGCUCUGGAACUAUAUUCCUCACCCAGUUUUCAGAGAGGACUUUCUGGAUGUCCAGGGAUAUUACAGGAACAAGACUCUAUUUUAGACGUUUUUACGGAAUAUAUUUAUAAAUGGCACUCAGUACACAGUAGAAAAUUGAGAGUAGGUUAACUUUACAUUUUGGCACAUGCAUUAAAUGUGUAGUAAACAUUAAAGCUGCUUUUUUUUGUUAGUGUUACGAACGAGAACUUUGAUUCCUGUAAAUCACAGUGAUGAGACAGCAACGUAACUAAAUUUUUCAUUUUAACGUCACCAUAAAGUGAAAAAGGUCACUGAUUAUACCUCCUUCUUCAGGAAAUUAACUGCUGCUGUUAGUAACAGGAGUGUGAAAUAAUACUAAUUAACAAAAAAAGCCACACUACGUAACUCUAGGCCAGUGACUGUUAACAAGGAGCAUUAAUGCAGGAAAAGAUUGGGGAUCUGUGCCUAGAAGGUCUGGUUAUGAUACCAACUGUGAAAAAGACAACAGGCUUAACAUCAAAGUAAGAGCUCUUUGAUGGCUGUAUCUUCUGAGAAAAACAAACUAGUAGUAUGGGCAACUUGCAGAGCAUGUCUUCAUGAACAGUUUAAUCCAUUUAACUAAAAAUAGAACUCAGUUAUGCAGCAUUUUUGCCAGUGUAAUUUUUUCAUAAGUUAGAAGUAAACUGCUUCAGUGCAAAGAAUCACAUUUUAAAUACAUGUUUAUUAAGCAAGCUAAUGGCUGGCGAAUACAUGAUGCAUGUUUAUCAAAACACUGUUACAGAUAAAUAAUAAGUUAAUUGGUUAUAAAUAGCAUACCUCCCCCACCCAAUUAAGUCCUUUUACAUAGCAUAUGUGCUCAUACCUGUUAGCAAAAUAAGGCACAAUUUGCAGCACAGGACUUUUAAUUGCAUUGGUGUGGAUAUAAAUAAUGAUACAUUAAUCCAUUCGCAGUACAUGAUUUGCUCUUGGUAAAAGGGAGAGUUUUAUGAGAACUAGGUAGCGUAACAGAUGGCUCGGAAGGAUGUCUCUUCAGGGCAGGAAUUAAGUUUAAGAAAAGCUAUUGAGGAAUACAGUUUCCAUGAUGCAUUGAAUUUGAUUUUCAGUUCAGAUUUUAUAUUCUCUGUCUAAUAAUAAAAAAGAUUGUGUAUGGAAAGCUUUAUAUACUCUGACAACAACUGGAAUUCUGUCACUUCCUGUAAAUAUGAGAAUUAUUUUUUGACACAAAUGCACUUAUAUGGGUAGUGAGUGUAUGCCAAUAAAAAGAGCAUACGAUCUCUGUA